CACGGUCGUCGCGCCAUCGUCCAUCCUGCCCGCCAAUUCUCCCUGCAACAAUCUCUUCCUCGCUCACGCAUCUCGCUGCCUCUCCAUGACCUGAGCAUGAUAAGAUGCCGUGCCAGGCAUCUGAGCUUGCCGCUCACCAUCACGGGAGCAAUUUGCUGCCGUUGUUGAGGAGGGCGUCGAUGAGCUGGCAAAAACAGAGCAGGCAGGCUGAGACGAUGGUCUGUCCUUCUCUUUAUCCAUCCCUGAUCCCAACAUGAGUGAGACUGACUCUGACAAGUACGAGCCCUCCAACCAAGCCUACAGUGACGACAAUGAGAGCGACGAAGGAGAAGAGUACGAUGACAACGACGCGGUGGGAGCCUCCUCGAAGAAGCCACAAAAGUCCAUGUCGCGAUCGAGCAAGAAGGUGAAGGACGAAAGCGACUGGGAGGAUGAGGAGUCCGGGAAGCCUACGCCGCAGAAGAAGCGCAAGAAGCGCGUCAAGACGGGGCAAUCGAACAGCUCGAAUGGCGAAGCCGGCUCGGGCAAGGCGAAGAGCUGGACAUCGCAGCAGAGGCUAGUCCUCUUCAAGGCCAUGCUCGGUAGCCCUUCGAAGACUCAGUGCAACGAUGUGGCCGCACAAAUUAGCAAGUCUCCCUCGCAGUGCUACGAUCAGUGGCGCCGCUUUCUGCUGCCCUUCAUCAUCAGAAAGAUUGAAGAGAGCCAAGGAUGA